CAAACCAGAAUCCCAACUUAAACCUAUGUGACAAGGUAAAAUAGUUAGGAUUAUUUGAAGGAUGCCCCAAUCUAAAAAAAAAAACACAGUUACAGCCUCUGUGCAUGUGACACCAAUAUUUCAAACUCCGGUAAAAAAAACAAACACUGCAAGGGAAAACCCAGGAAAACACAGAGUGUUGCAAGAAGCAGAGUUGCAGUAAUAAAAAGGAAUCUGCAAACGCCACGAACAGAUUCUGGUGUGACUGCUUUCAGGGUAAGUUUGCAAAUUAUUGCUGUAGCUGGAGUUUCAAUUUAAAUUCAGAAACCAGAAAUAUAAAUGGUCUGUGCUUUUUUUUGCAGCCUUUUGAGUAAAAAAGGAGUUGAUAACAGGAUGAUGCAGGUUAGAGUUGUGAUUGUGUUGCUGUUGACGGCAGUAGCGUAUCAGUUGCCCCGCCCCCAAGACUGCAGCGACAUCUACAGAUCCGGCUCAGGUCUGGAUGGAGUUUACACAAUCUACCCAGCAGGACCCACCUCGCCGGUUCAGGUUUACUGCGACAUGGGCAGAGACGAUGUUGGCGACUCUGCAGAAAAAUGGACGGUGAUUCAGAGAAGACAAGAUGGCACCGUCAACUUCUUUAUGAAGUGGGAUCACUACAAAUCUGGAUUUGGAAAUGCUGCUGGAGAGUACUGGCUUGGCCUUGAAACGAUGCACCUGCUGACUCAAACGAGAAACUACGAGCUGAGGGUGGAUAUGGAGGACUUUGAGGGUCAGAAGGUUUUUGCUCUUUAUUCUGCCUUCUCUGUUGGCUCAGAGGCUGAUGGAUACAAGCUGAACUUGGGAAGUUUCAUUAGAGGGGCAGCAGGAGAUUCUCUGAGCUAUCACAAUGGAAGGAAAUUUACAACCAUUGACAAAGAUCAGGACUCGCAUGUCACAAACUGUGCCCGGCACGCCUAUGGUGCAUUCUGGUACGGGGACUGCCACACCUCAAAUCCAAACGGUAUCUACGCCUGGGGUCCUUCGGCUCGAGCAACUGGUGUGCACUGGAAAACUUUUAAAGGGCUUGAAUACUCUCUGAAAACCAUGAUCAUGAAGAUCAGACCAGUGGCUCUAUAAAUACAGGACAGACUCACAGAAAAGUCCUUUAAGAGCUUCUGUAGAAUAACAGUGAAGUUGAAUGUAGUUUAACUUAUCAACACAUUUGAACAAAUCUAGUUUUUUUUCAGUGUUCAAAUAAUGGAGACAUUUAUAGUUUAUUAUUUCAUUAAACAGUUCACUCUGUUUAAAUAAACAUAAUGUGUUCCAAAAGUGGGUUUACAUUCCUGUUUGUAGACCAGUAGCAAGCAAAUAAUCUAAUAUAAAUGUAAAAGUUUAUUUUUUAAGUCUAAUACACUAAUAAUACUUAAAUUGUAAGCUAGAUUUUGAGUUUUUUUUUAUCAGUAUGACACUUUAAAUGUAUUACUCUGGUUUUGAUAAACCAGAUAGCAUAUGUAAGUGUAUAUGAGUGUAACCUUCUGGAAUAUAUUUCAGAAAUGUAUUUUUUUUAUUAUUAUUAUCAGAUUGUAUGGGAAAAAACUCAGACCCUGAAAGCUCUGCUCAUUAAAAUGUGGGUCCUCUGCCAGUCCCUGGUGGCCAGUCAGUAGAACUGCAUGAACUGCAGCAGAAAUCAGGAGCCUGUGUUUCAGCAGCGAUGAGAUCAUCUCUAUACAUGAAAACAUUAAGGUUUCACUAUAAAGAAACAAUCAGAAAAAGUAUAAAUCCUUUUUUUAACUUAUGAAUUUAAUCUGUGGUAAUAACAAACUAUAUCCAGGUUAACUAGAGUGGAGGAGUUCCUCCUAAAGACAUCAAACAUCUGGAUCAGUCUAUUCUGACUCUAAGUAAAAGAGCUUUUGAAAACAA